UGAUUUUACUUAAUGUGACUAACGAGGAAGUGGAGCUGAAAACCUCAGUGUGUCGGUCUUGGCCUCUUGGACCAUGCUGCAUCUGCUCCUCACUGCACUUCUGAUUGCUGAAUCCCCUAAAGAUGUGGACUCCGGUCCUAUACGUGAAGCCAAAGAAGGUCUUCAGGAAGACUUGUUCACCAAGGUGUUGCGUAAUUUGGAGUCUAACUCAGAGACUUUAGAAGAGCUCAUGUCCAAGAACUAUGCAGUGUUGGAGGGAGACAUGAUGUUGCCAAGCGACAGGAAUGCAGUGAGUAGCACGUGGCCAACGCUGGAGAUACCGUACGUCAUCAGCCCAGAAUUAGCCAGUCGGAAGAACGACAUCCUCGCUGCUAUGGCGAUGGUGUCCGAACACACCUGUGUGUCCUUCCACAACCGAACCUCUGAGACAAACUACCUGCUCUUCAAAACCAGCAAAGGCUGUGCGUCGUUUGUGGGCUUCGUCGGCGGUGAGCAGCCUGUGUUCGUUGGGCCCCUGUGCAGGGUGGGGAACAUCGUCCACGAGAUCCUUCACGCGCUGGGCUUCCACCACGAACACACAAGGCCAGACCGUGAACAGUACAUCACAAUUCUUCCCCGUAAUAUUAUGCCAGGGAUGGAGAGAAACUUCGAAAUGCAACAUGGCAAAACCUAUAAUCUCUCGUACGACAUUUCAUCUAUCAUGCACUAUGGAAGUGGGUUUUUUUCAGCGAACGGCCAGCCCACCAUCAUACCCAACAAAAACGUGAAGGACAUGGGACAGAGGGUGAAAAUGACAAAGACGGACAUUGCGAGAGUUCGCCUUCUCUACAGCUGUGAUAUCACACAGGAGAUCCAGCAGGAUGGCAGUGCUGAUGCUGAUCAGAAGGAUGCAGACAUGCAUGUACUGGUCAAAUACCUGUUGUCUGCCAUCAAGAACAUGUACCAAGGUCAAGUUUCUGCCAACAAAUCAGAGGAACAGCAGACAUCUCUUACAGCCUCUCAAUCGGCCUCACUGCAGCUCCUGACUGCUGCCACUAGAGGGCACAAUGCCACCACCGGCGGAGAACAGGCCUAGACACAGCUGUGACUGACUAUUUAUUUAUUAAUAAAACCAAAAUACACGUCCCA